GUGCGGCUCUCAUGGCCACGAACCAGUGAUUCCAAAAGAGCCAUGGUAGGCAUGUCAACCUCACGCUCACACCCAGCACAAGGAGCCGCAAAGCGUCGAUCCACCUUGAUGCUGGUACACACAUCUGCCAGAGACAUCGACAUGUAUCACUAUCUUCGAAAGCUGCGAACUGGAGCAUAUGAGAGGCAACCGGUCCACUUCGUCUUCCCUCCACCACCUCUGCCCUGGUCUCCAGGCAAUCCCGAUUCUAACACUCUAGAGCUAAUGGACUAUUUUGCCAAUGUAUCUUACUCUACGCUGUCCGUUUUGGGGGUCGAUCCCGGUCGUCUACGAAAUCUCCUGCUUCGUAUGACUGUUUCUAGCAGCACACUCCCUACCUUCGCGCUCAAAUCAUCACUGCUGGCCGUGUCGUCACUGCAUCGUGACGGUCUGCGGGACUUGGCUCUCCGGUAUAAGAUCGCUGCCAUCAACGCCCUGGCGGAGUCGGCCAAAUCUGGACACCCAAGUGCCGUGGAGUCUGCACAGCAUGCUGCUACCUGCAUGCUUUUGGCCACGUUUGAGACCCAGCACCACUCCGAGUCUUCAGGCCAAUGGGUGCUUUAUGUUGACGGUGCCAAGCACAUCGUCCAAACCACAGGCCUUGACAAACGAUCAGACCAAGCCGAGCUCAAUCCUGUUCUAGAUUGGAUUUACUAUUUGGACAUUAUGUCAUGGUUUGUCAUGCGGCAUUGGCGCCACCUUUCCACAUUACCACAUUCCGCUGCAGAUAAAAUCGCCCUGAGUCGUGGGAAAUCUCCCUUGGUAAGUACAACCGAGCACGACAGACCCAAUUAUCACAUACACAGUCGCCAGCGUCAAGCUCAGGUCACCGAGUACCAAAGUAAACUCCGCUCACUAGAGAGUACACUUAUCAACAACCCUAUGCCUAAGACCACUAUAACAGAGUCAGAUGAGGAAGACAUUACGGCAGAGCUUUAUCAUCUUGCAACCCUCGUCUACCUUUUUAGUGGAUCAGCAAGUUCUUGUACUCUAUAUCAUCAGCUCGAUGGCUUGAUCGACCGCGGAUUUUAUCUCAUCAGAAAGCUCAGCACAUGCGAGCGAUCUUUCCCGCUCUUGAUACUUGGUUCCGAAGCACGCAAUGAUGAGGAACGAAUGCUUUUACUUGAACUUAUCCAUAAGACAGGGGCAAAACAUAACGAUAGCAACCUCAUGCGUAUAAAAGCGGGCCUUGAAAUGGUGUGGUCACAGCGAGACCUUGAAGCUGACGAAGAUGAAUAC